AUGACCACGGCCAGUUCAAAAAUCUACAUUGCAAGUUAUCCGAAAUCGGUAACAGAAAAUGUGCUGUGGAGCAUUUUUGAACAGUUUGGAGAGGUCAAAAAUAUAUUUUUGAAGGGGGGAGGCAAGAAUUUUGGAAUCAUGGAUUUUGUGGGACCGGGAGACGCCGAAAAUGUAAUAAACCAAUGUCUGGGCAUGGAAAUCGAUGGGAAAAAGCUGCGCCUUGAAAUCUCCAAAAGCUCGGGACCCCGAAAAAAGGGCUCCGAUCCCGACGAACGCAAACCCAUGGAUCCAUCCCUAGACCCAAAGUUUCGUGUAGUGAUAAAGAACCUUCCGGAAGGUACCACAAGUCUGGAAUUGAAAAAUCUGAUUGCACAAAUCGGCUUGGAGUCGAAACAUAUCGUUUGGAUUCCCUUACGAAAUGAAGGAAUAGUUUAUUUUAAAUGUUUGGAGGAUGCUCAGAAGGCGAGAAUGGCUUACAAUAAUUUUUGGUUUAGAAAUGAAGCGGGUAAAGAAGGCUGCCUUCUCCUUAACGAAUGGUCCCCACCAGUAUAUAUUACUUCUGCUGUAAAGGUUGAACCUCCAGAACCCCCUUCAGAAUCAAUCGAAUCUUCCAGGGGUAAUAAAAGACCUUUUACUGAAAGACCGGAAUCUGGAAAUGAUGAAAAACGAAUGCGACUGGAUGUUCGAGAAGCUCCUGGUCUGAUUCAAAGAGAUAUCAAACUAGAGCCGCCGGAAGAGCCCAUGGAUGAUCCUAUAGAACCUAUACCUCAGUCAACGAUCCUUCAGAAGCAGCCUGUAGCUGUCCCCCAGAGUUUCAGGGAAGACACCCAAACAACUACAGUAUCCACCGACCCUUCAGUUUGUACAAAAAUCACCUCCAACAAAAGAACCACCACUCACAGAAACUUCCAAUCUCAAACUGAUCUUUCUACCCGGCCCACGACGUCGUCUGGAUCCCAAACGUACAGAUGCUGCUCAUGUUGCCAAUGCUCUUGCUCAAAUUGUGAUAAUCCAGCAAAAAAUCCAAAAGGAAAUUCCACUAAUUUUGAUAUCGAGCACAUAAAAAAGAUGGGCGGCAAGGUGGUAGUUGGCGACGAUGGGAAGGAAUUUCUUCAAAUCCCAAUGGAAUUGGUCCAAUUGCUGGCUUCUUUGACCUCAGUCUCUCAAAUUCCAGCACCUCCAAUUCCAGCACCCCGUCUAAAGCUUCCAGUACCAGAAUGGCUCCAAAUGCGGGAUGACUCAGUUGGACAAAAACCAAAAUUCAGCCUAGCGAUCCGGGAUAAAUCUAAAAACCAGGAUCCAAGAAGUUUUGAUAUGGAACAUAUAAGGAAACUAGGUGGAACACUGACCUAUAGUGGUGGAAGGGCUAGAAUUCGAAUUCCAAAAUCUAGUUUUAAGCCAAGGGAAUGGCAAAACGCCACUGAUGUAACAACUGUUGGAAAAACAGCGCCAAAAAGUCUUCAAUUCGUAACAAAUCCUGCUAAACAGAACCCAAAAGGAUUCAAUAUGGAUUAUGUUAGAAAAAUGGGAGGCAAAUUGACAUAUCGAGAUGGACAGGCAAUCAUCAGUAUUCCGAAGCCUACGGUGGAUUCUCAGGUGCAGGCGACAUCGGAUUCAGCGCCACCAGUUUCUGCAACACCUCUUAAAAUGGCUCAGCCUUCAAAUUUAAAAAACUCAGCGCCUCUGAAACCUCUAACAACUGAAUGGCAGAACGUUCCGAAUGUCAAUUUCGGGAAGAAAGUUCCUCAUAAACUUCAGAUCUGUAAAGCGUCUGAAAGAGAAAAAGAGAAUCCCAAUACUUUUGGUGUUGAACACAUUCAAAGGUUGGGUGGCAAAAUUACUUAUCAUGAUGGAAAGGUUACUGUAGGAUUUCCAAACCCUCUGCCAUCUCUCCUAGCUGCCGGAGUUCCAAGAUGGGCACCAGCGCCUCCUCCACCUCCACCUGGAUACGUCUCUAGUCUCUCGAAAUGGAAGAAAAUGAAAGAUGAGACCGUCGGACCGAAAGCGCCGUAUUGUGUUGAGGUCCGAAAAUCUUCUAAAGACGCAGAAAACGAUCCAAACGUUUUCAAUUUCAAAAAUAUACACAAGAUUGGUGGCAGGGCGAUAGUUCAUAUGGAUAAGGUCACUAUUCAAAUCCCAAAGUCACAUGUGCCAAAUUUAGCCCAGAAACCACCUGUGGUGGUUUCGGAGGUGGUUACAGAGCCAGUCUUCAAGGUUCCAACUCUACCUGAACGAUUUUUGGCUCCUCCUGCUAUACCAAAACCUUUCAACUGGCAAAACAUGAAAAAUAUUAGACAGCCAGCACCAUUUAGUCUACAAAUUCAAGAAGGAACCCCCAAAGAAGGCCGAUCUGGCAAAAAUGUAGUGGAUAAGAACCAAAUAAAGGAGAUGGGCGGUCAAGUGGCAUACAAGGAUGGCAAGGUUCAUGUGAAAAUUCCAAAAUCUGCGGCUCCUGAGAAGCUUUAA